AUGGAAGGAGUCAAUUCAAAAUUUAAAAAGCUCAUGUUGAAAGUAUUUGAUUUGACAGAGAGCUGGCAAGCGUUACACAAAGAAAAUUGUGAUUGUUUUAUCGGAUUGGUGAGAGAUUUGUCGAGUUGGGAUAUUGUCGGAGGAGGAUCAUGCGAGGACCACUCCCAAAUUGGUGAUGAACGUCAUCAAAACAAUCAUUUAAUAUUGAGUGGACAAUCAUCAUCGGGUUUUGGAAUUUUUCAAUAUUUUCCUCAGACAGUGAGCAUGAUUCAAGGAACUUAUUUACGGAAAUUGGAUGAAAAGUACAAGAUGAUUCUCGCAAGUCUUGGAAAAUUUGAAAAUAUUUGCAAUCAAUUAGAUGCCAUUCAACAAGAGGCAGAUUUAUUUUAUCAUCAAUUGCAUGGGGAAUUACUCUCUAGUAUGGAAGGAAAACGAAACGAAAAAUCUCAAUUUAAUUUCACAAUUAUUGAAGAAUACAUUUCUGGAAUUCGAGAAAUAUUUAUCAUGUUUAAAAAAGAAUAUUAUCGCUAUGAAGAUUUAUUUCAAAAUGAAUUGAAUUAUCUUGGAAAAUCAUUGGAGCAAAUCAAAGAUGUGUACAGAAAAUACUCGACACAUCAAUACAUAAAAAUUCAUAGAGUGAUUCAAGUACUAGAAAGCACGGAACGAGAAGUACAACAAGAUUUUGUGGACAAGCAUAGAUUCAAGUAA